GGCUAAAAGUUUACCUUUAUAUAUUAGUUAUAUGAUAUGAUAGGCCAAUAUGGUCAAUUGGCUUUGGCUCUCGCCUCUCGGAGUACUCCACAUCGCUCCUCGUCCCUUAUCUUAUUUAUCUCGCUAAGUAAAGCGACGAAUUGUGAACUUCCAUAGACCCAAAAAAAAAAAAAAGAGCCAAUCAAAGGUCUCCUUCAAAAUCCCUCAUAUUCAUUCUAUCAUCUUCACUUCCUUCAAUCUCUGAUCAUACUCCAAAACCCUAAAAUCCUCCAUGGAAGCAGCUUCUUGCUCUUUACAAGUGUACCAAGUCUCACUCUCUCCAAUUCGCUCUUCACCUCGCUUUGUCACUUCCUUCUCUCGAAUUUCUUUCUCUUCUAGUUACAAAUUCAAUCUCAACUCCUCAUUUCGCGUCAUUCGGCUCAAGAAUCGCUGCUCAAUAUCAAGUAGCGCUGACAUUUUCGUCGCGUCGAAAGAAAAUGGGAAGCGUAUUGAAGAGGAAGAUGCGGAGGAGAGAGAAUUUGACUUGAAAUCUUGGAUGCAUUCUAAUGGUUUACCUCCUUGUAAAGUUGUUCUUAAGGAAAAACCCUCACAUAAUUCUAAUCACAGGCCAAUUCAUUAUGUUGCUGCUAGUGAGGAACUUCAGGCUGGUGAUACUGCAUUUUCGGUUCCGAAUUCGUUGGUUGUUACACUCGAGAAGGUCUUGGGUAACGAAACUGUUGCGGAACUUUUGGCUUCAAACAAAUUGUCAGAGUUAGCUUGCUUGGCAUUAUAUUUGAUGUAUGAAAAGAAACAGGGUAAAAAGUCCUUUUGGUAUCCAUAUAUCAGAGAGCUUGAUCGGCAGAGAGGUAGGGGGCAACUUGCCGUGGAGUCUCCUCUUCUUUGGUCAAAGAGUGAACUCUCUUAUCUUUCUGGAAGUCCUGUCCUGGCUGAAAUCAUGGUAAGGGACGAGGGAAUAAAAAAGGAAUAUGAUGAGCUCGACACAGUUUGGUUUAUGGCAGGAUCACUUUUUCAGCAAUAUCCUUACGACAUUCCCACCGAGGCUUUUCCAUUUGAGAUCUUUAAGCAAGCGUUUGUUGCUGUUCAGUCUUGUGUGGUGCAUUUACAGGGAGUGAGCUUGGCUCGCAGGUUUGCUUUGGUGCCCUUGGGCCCCCCACUGUUAGCUUAUAAGAGUACCUGCAGGGCAAUGUUAACUGCGGUAGAUGAUGCUGUGCAUUUGGUGGUUGACCGACCUUACAAGGAUGGAGAACCUAUUGUUGUCUGGUGUGGACCGCAGCCCAAUUCCAAGUUGCUAAUUAAUUAUGGUUUCGUUGACGAAGAUAAUCCCUAUGACCGUAUUGUGGUUGAGGCUGCUCUAAGCACAGAGGAUCCACAAUAUCAGGAAAAGAGGAUGGUUGCCCAACGUAAUGGAAAACUAUCUCAGCAAAGUUUUCAUGUGCAUGUUAGGAAGGAAAAAGAAGCAGUUGCUGACAUGCUUCCAUAUUUGAGACUUGGUUAUCUUUCAGAUCCUGCCGAGAUGCAAUCUGUUAUCACUUCUCAAGGGCCAGUAUGUCCUGUGAGUCCUUGUGUUGAAAGAGCAGUUCUGGACCAACUUUUGGAUUAUUUCAAGGAAAGACUUUCUGGCUACUCUACCACUUUAAUGGAGGAUGAUGCCUUGUUGGCAGAUCAAAAUCUAAAUCCCAAAAAACGAGUUGCUACCCAGCUUGUUAGGUUGGAAAAGAAAAUACUGCAAGCAUGCUUGCAGGCAACUGUGGAUUUGAUAAACCUGUUGCCUGAUCAUAGUGUCUCUCCUUGUCCUGCUCCAUAUGCCCCUUCAUUGAAGUGAAAGGGUGUCACGUUACAUGCACUACCGUAAGAUUUCCUUGAAGAUGAUGCGUUGGAAUCUUUUCUUGUACAUGGUGAUAUCAAAUUGUGAGGUCAGUAUAAGCACUUUCGAAUGAUUUGAAGAUUGGUAUUUUUUAUCCUUUUAUCUUUUUUUUUUUUUUAAAAAAAAAAUUUAAGAAGUUUCGGGGGGUACGAAACUCCAUCUUACCAAGCUUUUUCCGUGGAUAUUCUUUGCAGAAUUUAGGCUAUAUUAUUGAUUGAAUUUUAUCUUGGUUGGCGCGCGUGCGUGCGUGCGUGUGUAAUAUUAAAUGGGAACUUAUACUCCGUCUUGUUGAGUAAUUUAGAGUAAGAGACAAUUUUCAUGUUUGCUUUGCUUAAUUAAUAAAGGUGAAGGUGUUAAUAGGUGAAGGUGUUUAAUUAAGUAUAGCAAGUAAUUAGAAGCUAAUAACCUCAGUUUAAAGGGGUAUACUCGGUUUAGAGUGAAGAACCUCAAAGGUGAAGGUGUUAAUAGGUGAAGGUGUUUAAUUAAGUAUAGCAAGUAAUUAGAAGCUAAUAACCUUGGUUUAGAGUGGUAUACUCGGUUUAGAGUGAAGAACCUCAGUGUAGAGGGAUAAACAAGGAGAAGCAGGAGAAGCAUAGCUGCCUUGUCUUCUGCCUCUAGGCUGCCGCCCAUCCAGGCUGUCGCUGCCCUUGCCUUGCAAGGCUCAAGAAUGAAGAAGUAAACCAAAGUAUUGCUGCCCAGAUCGUGUAAUCUCCACCCUAUCGGGCGCGAGAACGAUUUUCUGGGAUUGGUGUGUUCGCCCCGUGCAUCAACCCAGACUUCAGGGCGUUUGUCGGGCGAAUCGGAAUCCAGCCGGGCGCGAGCGUGGCCGAUGGUUUGUGACAGUUCAGUUUCUUCUUUAUGUUGUUUGGCUUGGUUUUAUUGCUUCUAUAUAUAUGUGUGACACAUGAUGAAAGGGACGGGGGAAGAAAAUAAAUCAGAUUAUUUUCUUUGAAUUCUUUUUGCAGCUUUCAUUUAUCAUCGUCAUAAAUUAUCAUAAGUUUGGUUACAUUAGAUCACAGAUAUACUACACACUGUUGUGAUUGUCUUCGUUGUAUCUCCUAUUUCGUGAUACCCGGUGUGUAAAUUUGUCCAAUUCAGGGUUGAAAUAUUACUUUUGGAAAUUGA